AGAUGUAUAUUUGUAGCUGCUUUGUACUUUUCAUGGAAAACAAGGAGGUAGAACUGGGUUAAUAGUAGGUGAAGUAUUUACAUUUAAACACAGCUUAAUGAUCCUCAAACAUGUGUCACACCUUCUCGUGUGUGUCAACAUGACCGUGGGUUACAACACUGCAAGUUCAAGAAAAUGAAACAGAACAAAGACUGGAAAAGUUAAGGUAUGUCUAUGCAGUUUGCCCUCACACAGAAUCACAACAAUGAUUUAUUUUUUUUACACUUUAUUAACAGGAUAAUGACACAAAACCAAUAUUUUUUCAGAAUGGUUUGCAACUGUGCACUGUAGCUGUAAAGUCAAGUAAUGUAAGUAAGGACAUUUUAAUGUUGCCUUUAUUUUACCAGGGGUACAGACUUAUUGGUAUUAAAAAAUCUAUUUUUCUAGAGUAUCCUGGCCAAAAUAAAACAAAUUACAAAGUUAUUAGAUUACAAGAAAAAUGUUUUUUAAAUGCGUCCUGUGAAACCAGCUCCCAAAGGUUCAGGUGAUUUUUACCGAGCCGAGUGAGCAGCAUACUUAAAAGUGAGGUGAAGUUUGACCUGUAAUACACUUUUGCCGAGGCCUCUUCUGGCCCAGGUUGCAAGAGCUAAAAGAAAAAACUUUGAUUCAGGAAGUAAACAGAAACAGGACUCCAAAUGCAUGCUUUCAUCUCACAUUUGGACAAAAAUACAAUUGAUUUCCAGCACUGAGAACUACUGUUAAUGUGUUGCAUGUGUUAAUUAAAGCAUGUUGACACCUUUAAGAUUUGCUCACAGUUUCAGUGUUAAAAUUUUUUCAAUGUUUGGAAUUGACGUAUUGAUUUAAAAGUUGCUCAUGGAACUAAGAGAAAUCUCUGGCCGCUGUUCAAACUAAAAAUAAACAAAGUGAGAGUUUGGACUUUCAUACAGACGAUACUGUUAUUUAAGCAUUCCUUUCCCGCAUUUUGCCCAACUUCCUCGUUACUUCAAUCAGAAACCAAGGUCUUUGUCUACUAGAUUUAGCUCUUCAAGUCACCUAAGGUAAUCGCGUGCCUGUUUAAAGAAAUAACAAAGACAUCUUUCAUCUUUUCAUUUUUAUUGAACAAAAGGUGCACUGGAGAGUUUAAAUGUUCAAAACACAAUGUGUUCCCAGACGUGCUAACCCUUUUUCAUAGCAGAAUCCCCUGAAACCCGAUCUGUGUAAAUAAAGUGACCCUUGAGCUUUAUUAGCUCAAGCAUGACACCAGGAAGUUAAUGCACAUGGCUGAAGGUGAAUCACACAACAAUGGGCUUUAGAACUAAACUAUGCUGGAGUUUCCCCCUGGGUGUUGAAGGGGACAGGAGGGAGUAGGAGGAGUGACAGAGAGAUGGAUGUUAAAACAGAGAUGAGACACUGAAGGCUUGGAGUGAGCACUGAUGAGGACACUGUAACUAAAAGUGAGUAGAAAAAUAAUUUUUUUAAACUAUACCUUUUUGACUCGGCCUGUGUUUACGAUUUCGACAUUUUGUUGGAUGAAAUUAGCUUUCGGAUAGAAAUUGUACAAGUCCCUGCAUUAUGGAAUCAUGUUGUCUACAAGCGAUGUGUGAAUGACACUUCGUACAUCUCCUCACAUCUAUAAUGAGAGCAGAUUGCACUGACAGCAUUAACGGAAGCUGCCAUCAAGCCAGGAUGCCAUUGGCGCUGUAAUAUCCUGAGAGACUCAAAAACCGAGGAAAGAAGGUUUUGUUUGUUUCUUCCCCACUGAGUUGCUUGAUUGUUUGUUUCUUUCCUAGGAUAUCUGCCCAUGCUCUCGUCUUCCUUCCUCAAGCAGUAAUUGCCUUUGACAAUUAUAUGACAGCUGAGGGAAAAAGGAUGGAUGACUAGGUCGUAGCCUAUUUUCUUUCUCACCCAAAAACCUAUAAUGUAUAGUGUAUAUACCUGAAUUGGGAAUCAUCCAGCUCAAAAGUUCCAUUACAAAAAGCCAUACAUUCAGCAUUUGUUCAGCAUAUUUGAAAACAUUAAAGCUGCACUAAUCAAUAUUUUUUUACAUUAAAAAUUAAUCAAAUGACUGCAUGUUAAGUGGAUGGUGUCACUCGUAGGGACUUACCCACAGAGAAUUACCACCUGACUCUGAAAUUCCUCUCAGCAUACGGAGCAUUUCAGCAUUUUUCAGCUCAUUGUUUUGGUCUUAGCGUGUGCAGCUAAUGUUAUGGUAUAUUCUCACUGUUCUCAUACAUGUAGCAGUCGCAGCAGGCAGAUACUGUAAUCCCAGUAAAGAAAGCUCUGUCAAAUUUUCCGACAAGCUGGUGAAAAUAGUUGAGCAUUUGCAGGUCCCAGAUUUGUUCGUCAUGUCGACUCCAUGUGGUGAUGUUAGCAUUGUGUCUACGCCCCCAAGUGGUCAUAAAAAUAAUACAGGGUUUAAGUUUUCAAAUAGCGCAGAAACAGUUUGAAAAAAUCAACAAUUUCUGUAAUCAGUUAAUUGAAGUCAAUUAUCAAGCAGCUUCUUGUACGUUAGUAAAGAGCACAUGUAAAAUACAUCUUUCUAGUGGUCAACAAGCCCUACCUACAGUAUAGAUCGGCCCCCCUGAAAAAAAACUUUUGACUAGCCACACAUUUUUAAUUAUAAAGGAAAGUAUGUGUUUAAGUGUUAGAUAUAUAUUUUCUGUGCUUUUCUAUCUCCCCAAACGAUGAUUUAAAUGAUGUUUCAAACUGACUUAACACAGUCAAAUUUCAGUAUCUUAAGUCCAGAAAUAUCAGUGUAAUUUGUGGAUAGGUGUAGCAUUUAACUUCUUGGAUCAUUAAAAAUCCCAGGAAACAAGGACAUGACCUCUUGGUCUGCAAUUUUAACUACGACUUCGGCUAGAUCCCUCUUCUCAGAGUUUUAUAUUUUAAAUGUGGUUUGUAAAAUUGCUUUUGAUUCUCAACAGGACUCAGCCAUGGAACAUCCCAACUGCACCGACGUGGACCAACUGAUAAAACGAUAUUACCUGCCUGUCUCCUACAUCAUCAUCUUCAUUGUGGGCCUGAUGGGCAACAUAACCUCCAUUGGCAUUUACGUGACAAAGCUGCGUCCCUGGAAGAGCAACAGCAUCAUCAUGGUCAACCUGGCACUGACUGACCUCCUCUAUGUUCUCAGCAUGCCCUUCCUGGUCCACUACUACAGCAACGGGGAAUUGUGGACCCUCGGCGACUUCAUGUGCCGCUUUGUGCGCUUUGGCUUUCAUUUUAACCUGUAUGCGAGCAUCCUCUUCCUAACGUGUCUCGCCGUUUUCCGCUAUGUGGUGGUGAGCAAGCCUCUGAGGGCAGCGCAGGUGCAGCAAAAGUUUUGGGGUAUAAUUGCGUGUUCAGCCGUCUGGAUCAUCGCCGCUGCCGAAAUCACUCCCAUGUUGAUGAUAAUAUCCUUAGACCAGCGCAACAACAAGACGUACUGCUUAGACUUUGCUAGCAACAUAGACCUUAGUAACAUGUUAAGUAUGUGGUAUGUCCGGCUGCUGACUGCCUUCGGAUUUCUACUCCCUCUAGUGGUGGUAUUCAUGUGUUACAUCGGUAUAGUGAAACAGUUGGCCAAAGGGCCUUACACAACCAGCCCGUGUCGGAUGCGAGCACGGCGCGUGACCGUGCUGAUCCUGGUGGUGUUUGUGGUGUGUUUCCUGCCGUAUCACAUCUUGCGUGUGUUGCGGAUAGAAACUCGAAGGAUGCCGUGCAUGGUGGAGUACAUCGUGCAUGCAGCGUAUAUUAUCUCCAGGCCUCUGGCUGGAUUCAACACCUUUUUCAACCUGGCUCUGUACACUCUUUCAGGUGAUAAGUUCAGGAUGGCCUUCAUCAGCACUUUUCACUGGGACAACUGGCUGACCAAGUUCAGGUCGCUGCUCCAAGCCAUCUUUAGAAAGGAACGCCGCGACAUGCCGGCCGCAUGACUGGCGACUGUCCAACGCCUGACUUUUCUUUCUUUCAUCUGUAUUGGACAUAAUAUCAAUUAAUUAUUUUUAUUAUUUUUUUUAG